AAAAAAGAUUUCAAACUUCAAUACUUGAUUUAAAAAAAUCCAAUACUCUUUUCUGAAUACAUUGCAUCAUACGGUGAUCCCUGUCUCGGAAAGUGACAGAAAAAGCACUGACAAUUUCCACACCGCCAGAGAGAAGCUCCAUACGUAUGUGGCCUAAAAUUCCUUGAAGAGCAGCUUCACAUCGUCUAGUUACCUAUCAAGCUAACAACUUAUUAACUCCCGACUUACCAUAUACCAACCAACAAGAACCAAAUCUUCCGGUAUCUAGGUAAAAAACCUAUCAUGGAUCUCCCACCAGCACCCAACGGCCUCUACAACCGCUGGAACCUCGCUCUCCACUGGGGCAACUGUUCGGGGCCGAACUGCCACGUCCGGAACAACCUACUAAAAUGCGGCGCCUGCCGAGCCGUCUACUACUGCGGCGGCGCCCACCAGCGGGCCCAUCGGCCACAGCACAAGUCCUCCUGCAACCUAAUCAAGAACGCGCGGGCCCAGCUCGCCCAAGAAGAAGCCGCCCUACGCGCCCGCCCCGGCGACAUGUUCCUAGAAGCGAACCCAUUCGAAACGGCACGGGGUUCCUUCUGGAGAUUCACGCCCACACGACCAUACAUGCAAGCGCGCUUCGACCUGAUCUCCACACUGCUAAACAUCAAGACCGGAGCUGCGGUCGAGGAAGCACUAGAACACAGCUUGGACAUGCUGCAGCUGAACCCGGGGGAUAACCAGGGGAUCCGAAGCCACGUGCCAGCGCUGUACCUACGGCUCGGCCGCGACCAGGAGGCCUACGAUUUCAUCAAGUGGUACGGGACCAUCGGCGCGCAGAGCGGUUACGAAUGGGGUAACCCGGAGAGCCCGUUUCUCAAUCUACACGACGAGGACGUGUUCGAGCCCCUCGGCGGGAUCGCGAAGGCGCUUUUCGAUCUAAGUAUCAUUGUGUCUCUGGUGAAUGUCAAGGUCCGGCUUCUGUUGGACAUACGCGGGCUCGAAAAGGAGUUCAACAAGCCUGCGAAGCGGAACACUAGUUAUGAGAAGAAGAUGGAGUGGGUGCGGGAAAACGCUACUUGCGAUGUCCUGUACAAGCGACGAGAUAUUGUCGAGAGGACUGAAUGGACGGAUUUAGUGGCUGCGUUGGAGAGCCAGGCGAAGGAGGUGUUCGAUCGCGUGGAGGGACGUAAUAAGCAUUACUGGCCCGCGUUACGGUCGCCGGAGCUUCAUGCUGCGGCCAUUCCUACGGCGUAUUCACCUGGAUCUCCGGAGGAGGUUAAGCUUGUGUUUAGAAACACGUGGUAUUCGUGGGCCGAAUGUCCUCCUGCUCAUGAAUUAGUUAAGUCGUGGCAUGCCGCCUAGGUGGGGGAAAACAAGGGACUGGCUGGAAUGGAUGCUAGAGGAACAGGAAAAAGGAAGGAUCAGGAGAAUUAGGUAUAUACUGAGGUAGAUAGUUAGAAUUCGUAGCUCUACUGAAAAAAGACUUAUGGUGUAACGGGCAUGUUCAUUAACAGCCGUAUACGAACACACGCUCUUACCUGCAAUAAAACCGCUCGCUAUAGCACCAAACAAACACCUAAGUCCGGCUUUUCGGCGAGUUUCUAUAGUGUAAGCCGUGAAUGCCAUAAUUCAUGGACUUAAGCUAGGAUCUGG